UCAUGAUAAAUCCCUCCUAUGUGCCACUGUCUGGUACACUUGAAAGGCUGGGAAAUCACGCAAACAGCACUUUCAUUUUUACUGCCGAGGUUGACUCGUCUGACGGCAGCUUUCUUGUUCUUGAAAAGCAGCAGUCAGAAACGCUCAACAGGCAGUGCUCCUCGUCUCCACGGCGGCUUCCCCUGGCUCUCUCCCUCUGUGGCUGACGCCGAAGCUGAUCGGCAUCUUUCCCCCCUACUUUUUCAGACUUAGCCUACCUUUGCAGCAGGUAGCCUCUUUAUUCUCCAACCGAGCCUCGGCAGCAUGUUGGACCCGUCUUCCAGCGAAGAGGAAGGGGAUGAGAUAGUGGAGGUGGAGCGCAAAGAGGUGGCGGCCCCGAAGAGCCUCGGAGGAGCCCGGCUGUCACCGGGCCGAGCCUCCGAAGGAGACGCAGGGAUCCAGCCUCGGGGCCGAGGGAGCGGCGGGGGCCGACCCUCCAGCCCCACACCGUCGGUGGGCAACGACAAGGAGAAAGAGGACCUGGAGAAGAUGCAGAGAGAGGAGGAGGAGAGGAAAAAGAGACUCCAGCUGUAUGUGUUUGUGAUGCGCUGCAUUGCUUAUCCCUUCAACGCAAAGCAACCUACUGAUAUGGCCAGGAGGCAGCAGAAGAUCAGUAAGCAGCACUUGCAGACGGUCAAGGAGCGUUUCCAGGCGUUCCUCAGCGGAGACACGCAGAUCGUGGCCGAUGAAGCCUUCAUCAAUGCUGUCCAAAGCUACUAUGAGAUCUUCCUGAAAAGUGAUCGUGUGUCCCGGAUGGUGCAGAGUGGCGGCUGCUCGGCCAGCGACUCCCGGGAGGUUUUUAAGAAGCACAUAGAGAAGCGGGUGCGCAGCCUGCCAGAGAUCGACGGCCUCAGCAAAGAGACAGUGCUGAGCUCCUGGAUUGCCAAGUUCGACACCAUCUACCGCGGUGAAGAGGACCCCAGGAAGCACCAGCAGAGAAUGACUGCCAGCGCCGCCUCUGAACUCAUCCUCAGCAAGGACCAGCUGUACGAGAUGUUCCAGCAGAUCCUGGGCAUCAAGAAGUUUGAGCACCAGCUCCUCUAUAACGCCUGCCAGCUGGACAACCCAGAUGAGCAGGCAGCCCAGAUCAGAAGAGAGCUGGACGGACGCCUGCAAAUGGCAGACCAGAUAGCUCGGCAUGGUGGAAGGUUUCCCAGGUUUGCAUCUAGAGAGAUGGAGGCCAUGUACAUCGAGGAGCUGCGAUCGUCCGUCAACCUGCUGAUGGCCAACCUGGAGAGCAUGCCCGUGGCCAAGGGAGGAGAGUUCAAGCUGCAGAAGCUUAAACGAGGCCACAAUGCAUCCAUCAUGGACAUGGGCCAGGAGGACGAGAACACACUGUCCAAGUCUGACGUGGUGCUGUCCUUCACCCUGGAGGUGGUAAUCAUGGAAGUCCAGGGUCUGAAGUCGUUGGCUCCAAACAGGAUUGUUUACUGCACCAUGGAGGUGGAGGGAGGACAUAAACUGCAGACGGACCAGGCCGAGGCCUCGAAACCCACUUGGGGUACCCAGGGUGACUUCACCACUACCCAGCCGUUACCUGCGGUGAAGGUGAAGCUGUUCACUGAGAGCACAGGUGUGUUGGCUCUGGAAGACAAGGAGCUGGGGAAGGUUGUUCUCCACCCAACUCCCAACAGUCCAAAGCACUCUGAGCUCCACAAGAUGGCGGUUUCUAAAGGCUGUCCAGACAAUGACCUCAAGAUCAAACUGGCCAUUCGCAUGGACAAACCACAGAACAUGAAGCAUUGCGGGUACCUUUGGGCCAUCGGCAAAAACGUGUGGAAACGAUGGAAGAAGAGAUUCUUUGUGCUGGUUCAGGUGAGUCAGUACACCUUUGCCAUGUGCAGCUACAGAGAGAAGAAGGCCGAGCCGGUGGAGCUCCUCCAGCUGGACGGUUACACAGUGGACUACACCGACCCGCAGCCAGGUCUAGACGGCGGUCGAACGUUCUUCAACGCUGUGAAAGAGGGCGACACUGUGAUCUUUGCCAGUGACGAUGAGCAGGACCGGAUCCUCUGGGUACAGGCCAUGUACAGAGCUACCGGACAGUCACACAAGCCAGUUCCUCCCACACAGGUCCAGAAACUCAAUUCCAGGGGGGGCACAGCACCACAGCUCGAUGCACCCAUAUCUCAGUUCUAUGCUGAUCGAGCCCAGAAGCACGGCAUGGACGAGUUCAUUUCUGCCAACCCCUGCAACUUUGACCAUGGCUCACUGUUUGAGCUGGUACAGCGCCUCACUCUGGAUCACAGACUCAACGACUCUUACUCCUGCCUGGGCUGGUUUAGUCCCGGUCAGGUGUUUGUCUUAGAUGAGUACUGUGCUCGCUACGGCGUUCGAGGCUGCCAUCGGCAUUUAUGUUACCUGAGCGAUCUGUUGGAGAGGGCGGAGAACGGAGCCAUGAUCGACCCCACCCUGCUGCACUACAGCUUUGCCUUCUGUGCCUCCCAUGUCCAUGGAAACAGUUCAUGUGUGUCUGAGUUGCUAAACUGGCCUGCUUCUGAGGCCGAACUUGAACAAGCCCUGCUCCUCUCUGCCCCUGGGCGUCCUGCCCAAACUGCUAAAAGAGAACUCAAAAUCAUUGAGUUCAUGAAGAAAAAGGACUUCAGGUCCACAAUUUUCUCAGGAACAAGAAGGCCUGAUGGUAUCGGCACAGUGACCAUGGAAGAGAAGGAUCACUUUGAGGAGAUCAAGGAGAGGCUACGGGUGCUUCUGGAGAACCAGAUUACACACUUCAGGUACUGCUUUCCAUUUGGACGGCCAGAGGGAGCGCUGAAAGCGACUCUGUCCUUGCUUGAAAGGGUUCUGAUGAAAGAUAUUGCAACUCUUGUUCCGCAAGAGGAAGUCAAGUCUGUGAUCCGGAAGUGUCUGGAGCAGGCAGCUCUGGUCAACUACCAACGCCUGUCAGAGUAUGCCAAACUGGAAGGGAAAAAGAGAGAGAUGUAUGAGCAUCCUGUCUUCUGCUUGGCGUCUCAAGUGAUGGAUUUAACCAUUCAGAAUGUAGGACGGUUGGUCACCCCUGCUAAAAAACUGGAGGACAAUAUUCGCCUGGCCGAGCUGGUGAUUGAGGUGCUUCAACAGAACGAGGAACACCAUGCAGAGGGAAAAGAGGCCUUUGCAUGGUGGUCAGACCUGAUGGUGGAGCACGCCGAGACCUUCCUGUGUCUCUACUCGGCUGAUAUGGACGCCGCUCUCGAGGUUCAGCCGCCCGACAGCUGGGACAGUUUCCCCCUCUUCCAACUGCUCAACGACUUCCUAAGAAUGGACUACAACCUGUGCAAUGGGAAGUUCCACAAACACCUGCAGGACUUGUACGCCCCACUGGUGGUGCGAUAUGUGGACCUGAUGGAGUCCUCCAUUGCUCAGUCCAUUCACAGAGGCUUUGAAAGGGAAUCCUGGGAACCUGUCAAUAAUGGCUCCGGGACGUCGGAGGAUCUCUUCUGGAAGCUGGAUGCUCUGCAGACCUUCAUCAGAGACCUCCACUGGCCAGAGGAGGAGUUUGGCAAACACCUGGAGACCCGACUCAAGCUGAUGUCCAGUGACAUGAUCGAAUCAUGUGUAAAACGGACACGGACAGCGUUUGAGGCCAAGCUUCAGAAGAGCAGCCGGGCCACAGACUUCCGCGUGCCACAGUCAAUCUGCACCAUGUUCAACGUCAUGGUGGAUGCCAAGGCCCAGUCAGCCAAGCUGUGUGCCAUGGACCUGGGGCAGGAGUUUGUUAGAGACUGGAGACAAUACCAUUCCCAAAUUGACAAUCUGAUUGAAGAGACGGUGAAGGAGAUGAUAACCCUGCUAGUAGCAAAGUUCAUGGUCAUCCUAGAGAGUGUAUUGGCCAAGCUCUCCAGAUAUGACGAGGGAACACUCUUCUCUUCCUUCCUGUCUUUCACAGUGAAAGCUGCCUCCAAGUACGUGGAUGUACCUAAGCCCGGGAUGGAUGUUGCCGACGGUUACGUGACAUUUGUUCGUCACUCCCAGGACAUGCUGCGGGAGAAAGUCAACGAGGAGGUGUACGUAGAGCGACUAUUUGAUCAAUGGUACACCAGCACUAUGAACCUGCUAGGGACAUGGCUGACUGACCGUAUGGACCUGCAGCUCCACCUAUAUCAGCUGAAGAUCCUCAUCAGGAUUGUCAAGAAAAAGUACCGUGACUUCCGCCUUCAAGGGGUGCUGGACUCCACGUUGAACAGCAAGAUGUAUGAGACAGUGAGAAACCGGCUGACCUUGGAAGAAGCCACUGCCUCAGUGAGGGAAGGAGGGAUGCAAGGCGUUUCCAUGAAGGACAGUGAUGAAGACAACUAGAUCAUGGGCCUGAAAACUGCUAAGAAGUAAAGCUUUUCAGAGGGGGGAACUCAGGCAGCCAUGCCUACAGACUGGCCCAACGUCCAACUUUUCCCUCACAUUCCUUCAUGUUUCAGUUUUUUUUUCCAUUCCUGUAAUAGUUCCUUUUUGUGUCUAUAAACACUUGCAACACACAAGGCUGUCCGAUCAAUGCUAUUCAUCUAGAAAUUCCCCAUGUAGGCUCAUCAAGCUUUAAUUCCUCAAAAUUAAAACUCAAAUAUGGCCAGAAUAUCCAAAAGAGGCUAAAAUGUGACGGAAGUGUGAGACAAUCACAGAUGUGACCAUGAACGCCAUGCAAAGCGGCCUCCCAAAUACAAUGAGAAAGACAGGCAGGUGAUUGCAUCUAUAUGGAGUAAAUUCAAAACAUGUUGUAUCUUCUUUUUGUCCAACUUGAAAUGUCUACAGUCUUUGCUCUGGACUUUUUCUGUUGCUUGUCGCUAAGACUGAAAAGUACAUUGAGCAGUCUCUUUACUUUACACUGUUCUGCUAGAGAAGAACUUAUAAAACACUCAAUUGAUCCAGGCCUCUUAACUGUGGUUCUAAGUGAAAUAGUGAAGUAGUGAAAUAGAUACAGGUGUAUGUUAAUAUGCAUAAUGAACUUUUUAGUGUUGAAGUCAUAUUGUGAUUUAUCCAAAUGGCACUGGUUGUUACUCGUUGGUUUAAGAUCCAAAACUACAAACAAAACAUUCAUUAAAUAUUUACCAAAUUACCCCUGAAUGUUCUCAAGCAACUCGUUCUUACUCCAAACUCGGAAAAUACCAUGUUUGGACAGUGGCUCUCCGCGUCUGAUGCAACGAACCCUACGGCGUGUGUGUAGAACGUUCCGAGGAGAGCAGCAUCUAGACGGGCUU